ACACUGCAGGCCUGAAAGCGUGCCAGGGCCAGAACCCGGCUGCAGGAAACGGCCCAGCCCAGCCCGGACUAGGAUUUGAUGUUUCCUUCCCCGCUCAUUGAAGACCUUGACCUGCCGGGGCUGGGUGCCGCUCUCCGCCCCGGCGCGGGCAGCGGGGUGUGGAUGCAGCCGGAGGGACCGGGGCCGCGGCACGGUGCCAGCACGGGCAGGCUGAGCGCUGACGUCCCGCGGGUGUGCCGGUUAAAACCCAGCUGGCGAGCGGCGCGGACACAUGCGAGCACAGCCCCGGUGCCCGCGGAGGAGCCAUGGCCUCAGCCGGACCCCCUGCGGCCACCACGCAGCCGGCCCUGCCCUCCGGCACCGCCGUCCUCAGAACCAUCCCCUACGCGUUCAUCCUGCCCGAGAUUUUCUGUGGGACCUGGGUGUGGAUCCUCGUUGCUGCGACCUCCGUCUCCUUCCCGCUGCUGCAGGGAUGGGUGAUGUACGUGUCCCUCACCUCCUCCAUCAUCUCCCUGCUGCUGCUCUUGAGCUACCUCUUUGGCUUACACAGAAACAGCGAGAACUGGAAAGUGCUGGACAGUCUGUACCACGGUGCCACAGCCAUUCUGUACAUGAGCGCUGCUGUCCUGCAAGCCAACGCGACCAUCCGCUCUGAGUCCGACCUCAACUCGCCCCUUUACUACCAUCUCAACAGUGCUGCAUCGUUAUUUGCCUUCAUCACAACCUUCCUGUACAUCCUCCACGCCUUCUGCAUCUACUACCAGUGAGCCUGGCAGCACCAGCUUCACCUCUGCAGGACGAGGGCUCCUUCCCAGCGCAAGGGAUGCAGCUGUUGUCCAUCACGGUGUCCCUGCCACCCCCUGUGGGACAGCUGUUACCUUCUCACUUCAUGGAAGGAGGGAUCUGUGUACAGUAGUGUCACGUUGGUGUGCUCGUGGGGACAUUCCGUGCCUUGCCCAUGGGCUGUGCCAGGCAGCAGGCUCCGAGCCAGCCUCCCGCUCCGACCUUCUGCCAAGUAGAGACGACCAAGGAAAGGAAAAAGAAAGUCACUGUUCCUUCAGCAAACAAUGUCUUUUCUUGUAUUAUUUUCCUGUCUCUGGUGCAGUCAGAUCACCCCUCAGACCAUAAAUCCAUAACAGUAAUACCAUGUUCCUUGACCUCUGGUAGUUUCAUUUGGCAUAUGCAGUACUUGGAAUAAAGCAUCUACUACCAGUGUCUGACCAAACAGA